AUGCGUGGACUUGUCCACGACUACAAACCAGCCCGUAUGCGAGAAGAGCAAGAUUCUGCAUUACCUGGGUGGGAGGUUCUUCCAACUCAGCGAGCUGGUUCAGACAUCGACGAUGAGGACGACGACGACGACGGUGAGGAUGACGAAGAGCAAGUCGACCAACUAAGCCCGCCGAGGCCAACACAAUAUACUGGAAAGCGGCCCCUUUAUCGUCCAUCGUUAAUGAAAAGGCCACCCGAGAGCCAGAUUGGGGGAAGAUCCAACACUCGUGAACGUGCACCUGUUGCAUCGACCUCUUCACAGCGACAAACUGCAGCUAAUGGCGAUGAUGACGAGCCGGCUACGGUUGUCACUGAACACGACUCGUCCCCUCAGGACCACCCUUCGCGAGCUCAUCAGACUGCACGAAAGUCAACUGGCAAAAAACGUGUUCCCCCUUCUGCCAAAUCACUUGGAUCUGAGGCCGCUCCGUCUGCAAGCUCUGCAUCGCGACCACUACUGGCAGAGAAUCCAUCUGCUGGCUCCAGUCGCAGCUCACCCAGUGGUUCGACAUCUACUGAGAAACAACCGAGAAGAACCUUAGCAAGGAAGUCGACUGGAGGUCCUAAUUAUGGCCGGGUUCGUCGACUGCGUCCAGUUGUUGCUCGUCCACGUCCAUCUGUUACCUCAACCUCGAAUGCUUGGACCGGGCCUUCCACUGCCGAUCGUACUCGGCGUUCCCCUAGCGUUAUCUGUAUAUCUUCCGACGAAGAUGAAGCUCCCCUUCUACCUCGCCCUUCCACUACUAAAGUCAAGAAACCUCCCCCGAGAAAGAGCGACACAGGUAAACAAGCCGGGCCAUCAAGUUUUUCUGCUCUUUUCUCCCCUGCUAAGAAGACAACAAAUGGCGCUGGAAGAGAAGGGAGCCAGGGAUGGGAUAAUUUCGCUGCAAGCCUGAACAACGCCCUACAGCAGCAGCAAGGUACUAGCGCCAAUCGUCCCAGCAUAAGAUCUACAGACCAACCCGCCGACCCCGGGCCCUCCACAUCAACCACACGCCGCCCCGCCAGUCCAGCCAAACAAACAACGCUGGAUGGCUACGUUCAAUCGCGACCUAGUAGUCCGACCAAGCAAAGCACGUUGGAUGGCUUUGUUGCAUCACGACCGGGACCCAUUUCAAGGACCACCAACGAGGGAGAUGCCACAAUGGCGUAUACGCCGUCCGAUUUUGAUGGAAAUCAAGACGAGUAUGCCCCUCCCGAACACCACGUAAUUGAACCUGACAUGCGGGGCAUGGAAGAGGCUUUAGGUUUCAGUGUAAGUGCCUUUGCGAGGAGCAGAAGUCGCGCUGCGACGCCGACCGAGGCAGGGCCGAGCACCGUGAAGCAACAGCCGUUCUCUCCUGCUAUCGCUGCAGACAAAAAGGGAAAACAGCGAGCAGAACGACAAAUGGAUGUCGCAGGUGCAUUCACACAGAACGCCGAAGCUCAGAGGUCCAAGAAGGAGAAGAAGAAGGUCAAAAAGAAACGGCAGUCAGUUGUGCCUGUGGUCAAGCUCUCUGGCUUUGGAUCCAAGGACGAUCCAUUCACGCUGGAUGAUUCUGACGACGAUGCUGGGAAAGCCUCUGCAACUGCUCCAGUGGGAGGGGUGUCGUGGGCAGAGUCUAACUUGAACCCCCCUUCAACAGUCACCGCCACUGCCACUGCGCCAUUGCCUCCCCUUCCUGUCCGACCUCCGGCCCCACCACCGACUUUGGUAGCCACCUCUUCGACCACUGCCACCACAGGUGGAACUAAAGCCCCUGCACUCGAACCUGCUGUCUCCACAUCGACUGCUAUCGGCUCAAGCGUGAAGGAUGCCUCAAAGGGAUCCAAGUUGAAGGAGCUAUUAGAGCAAGAGCGCAGUCGCGUUGCUGCUUCCACCCCUGUCCCCAUUCCUCGACCGGCUUCUCAGGCCCCUGUGACACCUUCGAUUGCGUCUGUGCCUCUAGCACCCACUUCCAACCCCACCGUCAGCCCCGAUAAAAGCUUCACCGAAACCCGCGGCGGUGAAUCCCGAGGUUCAUCUGAAGAACAAGAGAGCAGGGACACUUCGGCCAAGAGUACACCAUCUUCAGCUGUGGUUUUGCCGUCGUCAGCGACCAAGGCCGUUCCUGUACUGGGAACGAGCAUGACAACUGCUGUGGGCGUGCAUAGCCGGGAGGAAGGGAUGGAGGAUGAGGAUGAUGAUCUUCCUACGCUUCCAUUGACUGGACCUGAAGAAGUGGGCACCAGUGAUGAGAAUGCCGCUAUGGAGGUUGACGACCUGUUGGUACCUUCACGGCAAUCGUCUGCUGAGAUUGAGGACAUCACGGUCGCCCUUGGAAGCCAAGAUAUUGCGAACGGAGAGCCCAGUCGACAACCCUCUUCAGAUGAAGAUGAAGGGUCACCCUCCACACCAGAAGACCAGGACAACAGUGAAUUCGAUGUUGCUAAUGACGAGGACGAUGAUGAUGAACUGGCCCUUGUUCCUGGCCAACCACCUCCACCUCUCGAAUCCAAGACCGCGCGCAUUGAGAAGUUCAAGGCCGCAGCGGUGACGACACCAGCACGUACAGGCGCGUCCGGAUUCCAACAGCUCACAUUCCACGACUACCGCCUCCACCUCCAAAACACCCCUUUCGAGGUCUACUACGCACGCGACCUUCCCCAUUCUCUUCAAGACGGGAUUAACAACACGAAAGACAUGCACCUCCUCGCCGGUAUGCGCGACCUCUUCAAAGCCUUCAUCCAAGAACACACUGUGCAAGACGAGCCCGACGCUCCUCCCAUCGACAUCAUCAACAACAUCGACGACGAGCCGGCCCCGCCCUGGGAGUUCCACUACUCGAACCAGAUGUGGCAUUCGGACAAUGUUCCCCCGCCUGACGUGAAGAAUCUCGAGGGGUGCGAUUGUGUAGGCAGGUGCACCAAGUCGUGUGCGUGUCUGAGGAGGCAGAAGAAGCUUUUGGACCCAGAAGGCCCGCCGGGGCAAGUGAAUGAUUUCAUGUAUGACAAGAAGGGGAGGUUGAGGCAUCCAGAGUUCCAGGAGCCGAUCGUGGAGUGUAAUGCGCUUUGUGGGUGCGAUCAGGACUGUGUCAAUCGGGUGGUACAGAAUGGGAGGAAGGUGCAGGUCUCCAUUCAGAAGACCAAACAUAAAGGAUGGGGAGUGUUCGCUGGUCCAAAGAAGAUACCCAAGGGAACAUUUUUGGGCGUGUAUUCUGGCGAGCUGUUGACUGAUGAGGAGGGUGACGAGCGUGGCAAGGUGUAUAACAAGUUCGGACGCACAUACCUGUUCAACCUUGACUUUUGGUUCCUCAAAGCGAAUUUGACACCGGAAGAAGCAGAGGAAUGGGACAACAAAUACGUCGUGGAUGCGUUCAAUGUUGGGAAUAACCACUCCUGUGACCCCAACUGCAAGAUCCACCCAUGCUUUAUCAAUGAGGCGAACAAAGAGAAACCCCUCCUCACCGUUUUUACCGACCGCGACAUCGACCCUUACGAAGAGAUCUGCUUCAACUAUACUGGUAUGGAUGCGGAUGAGGCAAAGGCGAGGGUGAGCGAGAUGGCAAAGACUGACAAGAUUUAUGAACCUUGCAUGUGUGGCGCGAAGAAUUGUUGUGGUGUUAUGUUCGAGUAG